AUGGCAAAGCAUAUCCCGGUGAAAGUACUAUGUACGACGCGGUACGCCCGGAUCCAACUUCUUGAAGAUGGGUCCGUGGCCAAGUCUGUCAAGAUUGAAAGCCAAUGCGCGCCGCACGACGUGGAGACGGAGUUACGCAUUCUGCAAGCGUGCCAGCACUCCAAUAUCAUCCCGGUGUUAUCCGCGACGGUGGAGGGGGGGAUCGUAAAGAUCUGUAUGCCGUAUGUUAAAACGGACCUAUAUGCUUUCAUGAGGCAGCACUAUGGGGGGAAGCAUUUGGCGUACCUGAUGCCAUGCCUAGACAGCGAGGCUCGCGGGCGGCGGGCGCAGAAGAACCGGCUGAGCAUGGCCCGCACGAUGCACGUAUGCAGCCAGCUUGCAGACGCGCUGGCGUAUCUGCACGGGCUUGGCGUGAUACACCGCGACAUUAAGCCGCAGAACGUGCUCGUUGAUAGCAACGACCAUGUGUAUGUGAUUGACUUCGGCGUGUGCUACGACACCGCCCAGCGCGGACCUCGCCGCUACGGCGAGACAGACGACAGCAAGAUCCCAGACGUGUCGACUUCGAUCUACAAGGCGCCGGAGCUGAUGUUUAGCGUGCGGAACUACGGGCUGCCGGUGGACGUGUGGUCGCUGGCCGUCACGUUUUCGCAGCUGUUCCAGCGAUACGAGACACCGCAGGGCGGCAUUGCCGCGUUCGUGGACGACGGGGCAGAAGAGCUCGAGACGGGCACGGACAUCCGCGCUGUGAUGUCUAUCUUCCAGCAGCUGGGCAUCCCGUCCCAGGAGCAGUGGCCGCAGGUGGUCCGCUACGGCAGCAGCGGCUUUGUCGGCAUGUUCGGCACCGAAGGCGACGGUAACUACAUCUUCGACAAGCCAUGGCCGGAGCAGCUGGCCAAGGUCGAGCAGCUGUUUCCGCGCCUUGCAGAGGUGUCGCAGCACGAAGAGCUGGCACGCAUGCUGCUGGGCAUGCUGCAUUUCGACACGCAGAAGCGCAUCCCUGCAAGUCACGUGGCAGCGACUCUGCGCACCUUUGCGCAGCUGCAGUAA